AUGAUGCAACAUUUAAUUCAAGCUACUCCAAUACUUGAAAAAUUGAAACAUCUACAACAGGCAUUAUCUUUUAAAAUUCAACUUUCUACAUCUCAGAAGGUUAUAUUAUGGAGCAUAGGAGUAGUUGGGACAAGUGCAAUGGUCGUAGGAGUUUUAUCAAGAUAUUUAGCUAGAAGGCGUGCAAAACCAAUCCUUAAUCCUAGAAUUCAAAGAGCAUUAAAUAAGCGAAUUUCAAGAAUGCGAAGUCCAAAUGGAGGUAUGGGAUCAGCUGCUAGCAGCUGCGGCCGUAGCAGUCCUUUGGGUUUCAGUGAACGUCUUUCGUUAGCUUCUGGUUCCAUUGGUUCUGGAGGAGGUGAUGCUGCACCUCUUUCUCCACAGCAGUUAGGUGUUAUGGCGCCAUCUAUUGACGAG